UUAUUUCCGUGCCUCGAGUUUGAAUGCACUGAAACCCCUCAUUGAAAGUUUGUUAAGGCUGUCUAUGCGUCAGCUGGUGUUUUACACCUCCAGUCAGCAGAGUUGACGUUUAAAGAGAGAGGAGAGAGAGAGAGAGAGAAAAGCGCAGUGAGGUUUACCUUUUCUCUCAAGUCUUAUUCGUGAGUUACCUUAGCUACCAGAGAAGCCAAGAAAUUGGAGUGAUUCCGUAGAAUCUACAAUUGAGGCACGCACACACACACACACACAGACACAGAGACACAGACACACAGACACAGAGACAGAGAGAGCUUAGAAACUGCGAGCGCUGGGUUCCUCCUGAAAUUGACAUGCGAUGCGCUGACACUAACAAGGGCUGGUUCAAUGUAACAACACGGGCGAUGGAGGAAUACGAGACUCUAGCGUAUGACACAGCCCUGAGCACCUUGGUGGCGGUCCUGGUCUAUGUCCUCCUGAAAGUGAGCGUCGAUGGCUACCGGCAGUGGCGAGCCCGGGUGAGGGUGCUGAUCGUGGGCUCGGGUCCCGUGGGGCUGACGGCCGCCCUGAUCGCCGCCCGCUCGGGCAAAGUGCAGCGCCUGGUGCUGCUGGAGGAGCGCUGCCGGACGGCGCUGCUGGCCAGACCCCAGCAGAUCGCCCUGGACCCCGGCAGCGUCCGCUUCCUCCUGGGGCUCGGCGUGGACUUCGAUAACAUGGAAGGGUGCUGGCACAACGAGCACUUCUUCACCAAGGUCGGGGUCUUCCAGGAGUACUUGCUUAGCCUCCUGGAGAAAAGGAAGCAGGAGAUGGACAUCCAGAUCCACCUGGGCACCAAGUUCAAUGAGGAAUACCUGAAGAAGAUCCCAGCAUGCGACUUGCCCCGUGUGAUUGUAGUUUGUGAUGGUUCAUGUGGCGGCUCGAGCUCUGUGCUUGGAGUCAGCUCAGACUACAUUGUGGAGUCCUGCAAUGCUUAUGGUGCUAAUGCAGCCAUAGAAAGAGCAGACCAACGACAGGUCCCAACCCCGGAAAUCCGCGCUCACAGUUUGUACUUUGACCUUUCCGCUUAUGGGAUAGAGUUCUCCUCCUCCACCAACAAGGAAAGCUCAGAGCCCUCCGCCUUGAGGCCAGGCUCCCACUUGAAAAUUUACGGUACUUUCCGCAACCGAUACAUGGCUCUCGCCUGCCCGGUGUCUGACUCCAAAGUAGUCAAGUUUCUCCGUCAUACACCUAACUCGUCGAUAAUGAAGAAUAUAUUUCAUCAAUCUUUCAAUGCAUACAAAACAGAUAUAGAGCCCAGGGUGAAUGACUUGACAAUCCACCUCUUGCAAUGCAGCCGAAGACUAUUCGAGAUCAUGUUGUCACACAGAAGGGUCACAGCAGCCUACAUCGAAGGAGAUAAUGUUGCAGUCACCAUAGAGGGAGAAGCAGCUAGAGUGCUAAACUUUGAUACAGGCUGUGGAGUUAACCUUGGGCUUAAGGGCCUGGAGUCCUUGGAUGAAUUUAUUUACAAAAUGGCAACAGCAGUUGACCAAAACGAUGUUUUUGAAGCACUCUCUGAAAAGAUAAGACACUCAAAGCAAAUUGCGGAGGACUUCCGCCUUAAUGGCUUGACUGUGACCAUGUUUCAGUGAGACUGCGGGGAGCAAAAUGUCUCUGGAGAUAUCACAACUGCAUGGAUGGACCAAGAAUGAGUAACAUGCAAGAAUCCUUUGAGCUCUUUGCUGUGUGGCUCAUGAGAGACUGUUGGUAGAGGACAUUUGCUCUAUCGAUAGAAGUGGUUACUAUAGAGUGGGCCAGGUUUGGCAAAAGUAAAAUUAAUUUUAGAGGCUCCAUUUUGGGUAAAGAGCACAAAACUAAGGAAAUAAUUGUUGGAAACACAGAAUUAUUCAUAUCUAUAUCUGGUUGCAGAAGAGCAUCAGUCAUAAAGUGCUUUAAACUGAGAUUUUUCAUAGUUUACAUUAUAAUUCCACUUGCUAAUAAAAAAAAUCUCUACACACAGUUCCCCAGUGAUUAGUUCAUGAAA